GCCACCUUCACAACGUUGUCUGAACUACAUUAUUCCAUCAAAUGUUUUUUUUAGGAUGCUUAGUGUCAAGCUUGUUCUCCUUUUUGUACUCCUCGCAGCAAGUGUGCUUGCAGUCCCGUCACAAUAUGAAGUGUUGACCCGAGAAAAGCGACAAAUGGACUGGAGACGUUACUACAGCCGGUGGGGUCGCGGAAGUUCGAGUUGGGGACCCCGCGGGGGUACCUUUGGCGGUCGAAAAUGGAGUUACCCGACCUUUGGACGAUGGGGACAGUAAUAUUUGGUGUAUGAAACG